GGUCGAUAUUGGGAUAAUAUCACGAUCUAGAGCUUCAUGAUGCUAUUGAGGUGAGGAAUGGCAACAUCAAGGUGAGAUUUUGAUCGACGGCAUCUUGUUGGAGAGGGCGUGGCAUAUGAUGGAUGAGAGGGGUUCGCGAUAAGCGAUGAGAAGCGAUGGUUGAGGAGGGACAACAGUUGGUGCUUACCUAGAGACAGGUUGGGCUUAUAAGACGAGUUGAAGUAUAAAAAGUCACAUAACUCCCUUCUAUGUGACCCUACUUAACUCUCCACGAGCACCCAACUAUUUUGAAGAGAUUCAGGCUUGGGCCCUCAGGAACAAAAUGGCUUCUUCCGCGGCUGCGUUACUAGCAGCAUUCCUCUUCGCGCCGUCGGCAUUGGCUCUCUCCUUACCACCGCUGAUCCCCCUCAUUCCUGGAGUUACCGAGCCCUUGAGUACUCUCGCCCCUCCUCUUCCUAUCUUGCAAAUCCCAACGCCACCGCUGGAAAGUCCUCCCUUCGAGGCUAGCAAUAUUAAACCCAAGAAGAUAGGCUAUUUCUGGACAGCCGCGGGAGACAAUCAACAUAAGGAUUUCUUGGCUACCUAUAGUCUUGACGACGACACUUUCGGAACCCUGCUCUGGGUUACUGAUGUCCCAUCAAGUGGCAAUAGUCCCCACCACCUUGGCCCUUCACAUGAUGGGAAGACUCUCAUUGGUGGCGGAUUAUUGUCCUUACUGAAGACCCAAGACACCGCCUUCUACUUCGAUGUUUCAGACCCGUACCGUCCAACUUUCAAGAAGAGUAACCGUGGUAUUCUUUCGUCUAUCGUUGAUGAGAUUCGUGCCAAGCCCGAUGGAGGAUUCUUCAUCACGUACAUGGGAUCUGCUCUCGGCACUUCACCCGGUCGCCUCGUUGAAACGGAUGCCGAAUUCAACAUCAUUCACGAAUGGCCUGAGAGUGUGGAUGGUGUCCUCAAUAUCCUUGGGGAACAAUUCUCUCCGCACGGAUUGACCAUUGACUUUGACAAGAAUGUCAUUUUGACAUCCGACUACGUUAUUCCGCUCAGUAUCUUGAAGCCCAGCUUAGGUAUUCAGAGAGGAAAUACCCUGCGACUAUGGGACCUUCCCUCGCGAGAAAUCAUUAGCACAAUUGAAAUUCCGGAUGGAGGCGGUAUUCAAGAUGUCAAGUUCAUUCCCGGUAACCCUGAGACAGCAGCUCUUGCGACCGCCGUGCAUUUGGGCCAAGUGUGGAUCAUUUAUCCCUUCCGUAAGGAUAGCAACGGCAAGCAGGGAGUUGCGAAGCUAUUAUACGACUUGGGUCCCAAAGCUCGUGACACCACUGCUAUUUACUCCGAUAUCUCGGCAGAUGGCAAAUUCGCCUAUUUCACGCUAACCACGGCGGACCACAUCGCGGCUCUCGACAUUUCAGACUUGGAUAACGUGAAGCGACUCGAUGACCCCGACGAGGACCAGCCCACAAUUGGUCCCCACUAUAUCAAGAUUACGCCGGAUCAGAAGCAUAUCGUGGUUACGGACUACUUCGUGCAGACCGGUGAAAUCGGCCUCAUCAACACUCCAGCCGAUUUCAAGGCGCUUUACAUCGAUAUCCUUGACGAUGGAUCAUUGAGCUUUAACCGCAGCAUAGAUUUCCCCCGCGAAUUCGCGAACAGGGGCGGUGCCAAGCCCCACUCUUCCGUGGUGUUCGAUCUUUCAGAUCCGGAAAACCCUAUUUACUAUUAAAUUGGUGUUAUUGAUGGCAAAUGCGACGAUGACGAUGAUGGUAUGGGGAUAUUAAACUUUUGGAAUAAUAUAUAAUGUUUUUAUAUGAUGACGGAUGCUUGGUGGGC